AUGGGCCACGGCUAUGGUGUGACGUUGCCAUAUCAGGCUGGUGGCUUUCCCAUGCUGCUGCACGACCACCGCUUCCAUAUCCAGGUCUGUAAUCUCAUGGAGUUGCAGACUCCCAAGGAUUUGGAAUGUCCUGAACCCGUUGACGUCAUCAUGGCAGAUGCCCAGGACUUAAGCAAAAAGAAUCCAACAAAUCAACGGGAAGCCAAGAAGAAAAGCAAAGCUGCACGGAGCAAACAAGGUCCUGAAGCCGAAACGGUGGGUGUGGGUGCCGCCUGUGGGCCAUUGGGCAUUUGGGCUUUGACCUUCCAGGAGAUCAUGUUGGGCCUCGGCAUGCUUAAGGCAGGAGGUACGUUCUUCUUCCGCUUCGGCUGGCGAGGGCGUGGUGUGCAAGAGGAGCAUUGGUAUCGUGAGGCUAUCAUGAGGCUCCUUGGACUGGUGCUCAACAGCUUUGACAAGGUGAUUCCCUUCAAGUCAGAAAUCUACCACCAGGCGGAUCCUUGUUUCUACGUCAUUGCUGCGGGAUUUUGUCGGGAAGGCUAUGCUGAUGCGUCGAUGGAGACCAGGCUUCGAGAGGCCAUCCAAAGCAUCAUCGCAUGCGAAAGCCACGAAGAUCUCCCGAAGUGUAUCGAGACGCUGGCGGAGUUUUCCACCCCGGAGAACCAUCAGCGAAUCGAUGAGCUCCUCGACAAAGUGGGUCGCGUGAGAGCCAUUGGGCUGUCCAGCCGAAGCACGGUGCAGACUCGGGAGAGCCCCGAAGCUCAGCUGGUCAUCAGUCCAGUACCGUACCAAUUGACCAUGCAGGUCUUGAGGGAAAGAAUGGAGUGCUUUGGGAAGAUCGCCUACAUCAAGCGCCGCUCCCAUGCCAUUGGCGUUGGAGCAGAUGCCUUGAUCCAGUUUGCGCAGCCGGCGCAUGCAGCCUAUGCCCUGGAGGCAGUCAACGACAUGAAGGUGUUGGGGCCAACUGUGAUUGCCAGGAAAGACCAGCUGAGCGUGCCGUCCAAGUUGCAGUCGAUCACCCAGCCGCAGUGUUUGGCUGUGCCUCCCAGCAAAAUGCCACCCAAAAAAAAGGGAGGAGAGAUCAGCCAGACGGUCGACGAGAGCAACAAACUGCGCGCUUCGCUGGGUAUCAAACCCUUGGACGAGAGUGGCAGCAAAAGCAAAAAAGGCACUUCCAAUGAUCCUGUUCACAUGCCAGCUGACAAGAAGGCUGAUGCCACCGACAAAGACAAAGAUAAGGAUUCAAAGAAGAAGGCGGCAGCCGCAAAAUCCAAGCGCGACCAUGAGGAACUGACCCAUGGUGCCGGCUUGGGUGACAUCCUCGCGAGCGAGGAGGGCAAAGGCGGUGCGUCAGAUUGGAUAGCAAGGACUCGUGGCUCCGAUGGAAGCAUGCAGGGUGCUGGAGCAAAUCUGAAGAAAGACGAUGGCAAGAAGAGGAAAGAAGCUCCUGGCGGAGACUCCUCAGUGCCAAAGAUGAAGGUCAGGCAUGACUCCGAGGCAAUCAAGGAGGGUGAGUCCGUGAUCAUGACCCUCAGCGACCAGCGGCUCAUUGACAAGGAUGGCAACCUUGUUGAGACGCAAGAUGAGCUGUCCAACACUAACUUGCUGGACAGUGACAAGGCGAAGAAGAACGACGCAAUUAGGUCUCAGGUCGAGUAUGAUCCGCACAAGCCCAAUGCUGAUAUCCUUGACAAGUACGAUGAGCCGGGGGCUGCCCCAAGCGGUUUCAUGAUUGGUGGAGUGCCCACUGGCGUCAUUGACGAACGAGAUCCCGAGAAGAGGCUGGCAAUCUUGACUGAGAUGAGCCAGAACCAGACCUUGGAUUUUGGGAACAAGUUUCAGUCGGACUUCUACACUUCUGAUGAGAUGGCAAAGUUCAAGAAGCCGACCAAGAAACCUAAGAGGAAGAACCGCACAAAGGUUGCGCACCCGCUUUCUCCAGCUGUGUUGCUAGGUGAAGGUGUACACAAAAGAGAUACACACACAUAUAUUAUAUAA